AUGGGCGAAAAGAAGGUGGGAGAUGUUGCAACGAAAUCCCCGAGACGCGUGAGGACGUGCAAGAAGAAAUCCAUCGUGGAUUUCCACGUGAACGAAACGACAAAGUCGGAUGCCGGUAGACCAGCGGAUUACUCCUUCCAAAGAUGCAAAGAACUCAGAGAAACGGGACCGGAAUUUGCAAACACCUCGAGACUAGGUAAAGUCGAACGCGAUGCCAACAACAAGUACCUGACCAAAGCCCUCUGGCUCAACAACAAUUAUAUAAAGCACAUCAACAACAUCGAUCUGAUGGUCAACUCCGUGAUGGCAUUUCCCGAACGUCUGGCAUACCUCGAUCUAUCCAACAACAACAUCGUCGGAAUCGACGAUGAUCUAUUCAAAUUCCCCAACAUAUCAGUACUUUAUCUGCACUUCAACAAGCUGAAGAAUCUAGGCGAUAUCCUUAAGUUGCGACAACUGAAGAAGUUGCAUAAUUUAACAAUUUUCGGGAACCCGAUUUGCGAGGAUCGAAGCUUGGGUAAUCUGCGUGCGAUCAUCUGCCAGUUGAUUCCUCAGUUGAAGAAGUUGGAUCACAAUGGGAUUACUAAGCUGGAGAGGGAAACGCCGAUAAGUCCGUACGCUGUGAAAUUCUUGGAGAGUUGGAGCAAGGAUAGGAGGAAAGAAGACGCAUCUAAACGAGGAAUGGAUCAUCAUAGACAAGCAAUGGAUCAUCCGAAGAUGUGUAGACCUUUGUGUAAUUGUAGUUGCUCUUGUAAUAUCUAA